ACGCAGUUAUAUACGCAAUUCCAACGCCUUUUACUUCACCAGUCUCCAUUCUCAACGCUUUAGAUACCUCUAGAAGCGUCCACUAUCUAUCCUCUAUCUCUCCUAUCGAUAAGUUAUCCGUAGCUAUCUCUCUUAUCUAUCCACGACCUCCCUAUGACUACCUAUGUCCAGUAACCUCUCUCGACGACUCCCGACGGCUUCCGACGACUCUCACGGCAGACCUACGAAGCCCCACGAUAGCUAGCGUCGGCCCCGUGUCUCCCUCAAGCCCCGGGACGACGACUCUUACGGACAGACCUUAUCUCGUCGCUUGACGGCCCUGCCGAACCCGUCUUCUGGCUGUACCGAUAGCCCUACCUCUUACCGACUUCCUUACCUCUAUACAACAUCCCUCCGAUAUAUACCUAUACCUACAAUACUACGUCCCCCCUUGUCUAACAGUUUUAAAAUCUUCUAUAAAGUAAAGUAAAGUAAAGUAAAGUAACGUAAAUGCAUAGCGAGUGGGCUACUUUCGGAUCAUUAGUUAAGAGCUUUUUUCUAGCCCCUGUUUCCACAGGGCACUGUCGAACUUGCCGAGGUAACCAAUACACUAGAGGGCUUUAUGGCUAUGAGCCCGAAGAUGACAUGCGACGAAACUGAGGCCUUGGGGCGUGAGAUUGGAGCUGAACGGCGCUGGCACGAAAAGGCACUGCAGGACUCAUUACUCCUCAUCAGCCGUAUCGAGAAGGUUAACAAGGAGCAUGAGAAGUUGGCGAGGAACAACAAGGUACUCCUCGAGUAUAUUGGGGCUUUGAAGGACCUGAGUUCGCCCACGACUUUUCGUAACGAUAUCGAGGAUAUGAUUCCAGUGCCACACCACGCAAGCGAUCUCCCAACUUUGAAGUACCGGCCGCAAUGCCAGCAAGCACUCAUCUUGGAGCCGUUGUAAGGAGUACUUCGCGUCAGAGGGUUGGCGAUGGGUGAAGAAGUGGGUUGUUCCCUAGGAUGUCUAGGUGAGGAGUUCUCUCGUCGUGGAAUAGCUCAAUGUAUCCCUGUUCGGAAGCAAUCAGGCAUUUAUCACCCUAAGUUGAGCAAUGGCGCCGACGCUGGAUCAUCCGAGCCCGAUAUCGCUCCCGGGACGAGCCGAAAGUGCAACAUUGUGGCCAGGUCGGUCACAUCAAAACC